CAUAAAACUACAAGAACAACUCAUCUCUGCGCAGUCGGUGCUAUAGAAUCAACAUGUCGUUGACAAGCCCCGCCGGACCCAUCAACCCGGAUGAAGCGCCGAAUUAUGAGGAAAUCGAGAAGCAGUUCGCCGUGAAAGUCGUCGAACACAUGAACACCUACUGGGCCAUCCUGGAGAAGAUCCCAGGCUCCAAGCUCCGCCUCACCAAGUGCGAUGACGAGAUCCUCGAGCACUUCAACAAGGAAUUCCCCGACUUCGACCUCAAAGCAACGAUCAACGAGGACGAGAUGAAGAGCAAGGACGGCAAGGAGAAGUGGCGGACGUUUAUCAACGCAUACGAGAACAAGAUUGAGGACUACAACUUUGGCACCAUCAUUCGCGCCAACCCGGCUUGGGAGUAUGGUGAGAAGGAAACAAUCUUUGCUGUACGGAUGCAAUUCUACGCCAUUGAGAUUGCGCGCGAGACAUCGACAGACGACAAAGAAGAUGACAUCUCUGCGCCGUGGCGUGCCCUCUUCUUCUUCACCACUCGGGCAAAUGUACCUGUGCUUGUGGCGGGUGCUUUGGCUUCCAUCAUCUCCGGUGCCGUCCUGCCUGCGCAGUCCUUCGUUACCGGAAGAGUCUUCGACAGACUUACGAUCUACGCAGCGGGUCAACUUACAAAGCAUGACUUCAUGCAGCAGGAGAAGAACUACGUCUUGUACUUGCUCAUCAUCUCCGGCGUGUCCUGGAUUGCGCUGUACGCCGAGCUCGCCCUCUGGGUCUCGUUUGGUGAGUUGCAGGCGAAGAGCGCCAGGGACAGACUGUUCUAUGGUCUGCUGAAAAAAGAGAUCGCAUGGUAUGAUCUGCGCAAGCAUGGCAUCGCCGCUCUACUGCCCCGUCUUCAAACGCAGAUCCGCGCACUACAGCUGGCUACUUCACAGCCCCUUGGAGUGCUGGCGAGUACCGCAUCCACCGCCCUUCUAUCACUCAUCCAGGCUGUUGUCCUUUCCUGGAAGUUGACCCUGGUGACGCUCUCUACCACACCACUUGUCAUUCUUGGCGCCGUCUGGAUUGGAAGGGGUAUGCAAAAGGCAUUCGAUCAACAAAGCCAACUCCUUACCGAAGCGCAGAAGCACGCCGCCAAUGCUUUCUCCGCCAUUGAAACUGUCAAGUGUUUCAACGGUCAGCACGUCGAGGAAAAGAAGUAUGCCACAACCAUCUCCAGCGCUGCACAGUGGUAUUUCCGCGCCGCACAUUCAAAUGCCUUGCAACUCGGCCUGGUGGUGCUGCUAUCCGUGUCGAUGUUCGUUCAGGGGUUUUAUUACGGCGGCAUUUUGAUCGCUAGAGGAGAGACAAGUACAGCGGACGUCAUCACAACAUUCAUGUCAGCCAUCAACGCCUUCCAGGCCAUCAACAGCGUCUUGCCUCAGCUCAUCGUUCUGGAGAAGGGCAGGAAUGCAGGCUCGAUGCUCCGCGCGGUCAUGGCUGACAUGCAAUACGAAUACGAAAAUCGGCGUGUUGAGGGAAACUUGGUCCCUGCAAGCUGUCGGGGUGAUAUCGAAGUCAAGAAUCUGACCUUCUCCUACCCGUCGCGACCCGAGCAACCAGCCCUGCAGAACGUCUCCCUAUACAUCCCAGGCGGAGAGAUGACAUUCCUCGUGGGUAGGAGUGGGUCGGGGAAGAGUACGCUGGGACAGCUGCUGAUGCGGUUCUACUUGUCAUCUCACGGCCGUGUCAGCCUUGAUGGCUACGAUCUGGAUGUGCUGGAAGUGGGCUGGCUCCGCAAUAACACAACGUUGGUCGAGCAGACCAGCUCGCUGUUCAACGACACUGUUUUUCAGAACAUCGCCCUGGGCAAACGAGAGGCCGGUGUGACCAGUGUCCAGGUGGACGAGGCUGCACAAUUUGCAUUACUCAGAUCGAUGAUCUACGACUUGCCGAACGGCAUGCAAACGCUCGUCGGCUACAAAGGAAGCUCUUUGUCUGGAGGGCAGCGCCAGCGGGUAGCUUUGGCGAGAGCACGUAUAAGGGACACCCCAAUCCUCAUUCUGGACGAGUCGACAAGUGCGCUGGACCACAUCAGCCGUGCCUUGAUGAUGGACGCUAUCCGAGAAUGGCGGAGAGGCAAGUCUACCAUCGUUAUUACGCAUGACAUAUCGCAAAUCCUAUCGGACGACUAUGUGUACGUACUGGAGCAGGGCAGUCUGGUUCAGGAGGGCUAUCGGAAACACAUGGAGCGAUUGAAAGACACACCGUUCCAAGGCUUCCUCACGGAGGGGCCGGAAACAAUUACAGCACCACAAGACCUUCAACAAAGGAAUGGCCUCGACUACACAACGAUGCAGGGCUUCACUCAGAAUCGGCCGUCGAGACCUGUCAGUUACGCUGCGUAUGACCCUCUGGAAGCUCAAUUCGAAGCUUUCGAAUGUAAGAGAUCGUCUGUGCUACCGACACUAUUCCAGGAGGGCAGUCCGUUGAUAGGGCUGCGAUUACGCAACAACGCCCUUGCUUCGCCCUGGAUGCGCUCGCCGCCGUGGGCGCUCCCCGGUGAUAUAUCACCCACAGCUCCAUCGUCUGGCGAUUGGACUGAGACAGAGGGGCUCGCCCUCAUCAACGAUGCAGGGACGAAAAGGAGCAGCAAGAGACUGUCGAAUGCCCUUGAGAACUUCGUACAACGGACCGGAAGAAUGGCUGCCGCUUCCAGAAUGACGACGGAUUCACCUCGACAGAGGCAACGCGUUGACCUUGACGCCAUUGCUGCGAAAUCGUAUUAUCGUACCAAAGAGACGCAGAGGAAUACCUGCGCAGCACAGCCAUCCGUUCGCACACAGUCACUGCGACAGAUCUUGAGUACCUUGUGGCCACACGUGGAUUGGCGCGCGAGAGCAUGUCUGAUUACAGGCUUCAUUGGUGCAAGCAUCCACGCCGUCAGCACACCCGUCUUCUCCUUCGUGCUCUCGAAGUUGCUGAAGUUGUACUCUAUCCCGGGAGGAGACAGCCACAGGUCCUUGAUCUACUCCAUGGUGAUUCUGGGGAUAUCUUGCGUUGACGCAUUCAGCACAUACGUCUUCCACUUUUCACUAGAAUAUGCUGGCCAAUGCUGGAUCGACAGCAUCCGCACUCAAGCCAUGAAGAAAAUCCUCGACCAACCCCGUGCCUUCUUCGACGAAGAAGAAAAUGCGGUCUCUCGGCUGACAGGUUGCCUGGAUCGUAAUGCUGAGGAGAUGCGCAACCUUCUUGGACGUUUCUCAGCACUAGUUUGGAUUGCCGCUCUCAUGUGCACCGUCUCCGUCAUCUGGGCAAUGUUGGCACAGUGGAAGAUGGCACUUGUCGCCCUCGCCACGGCUCCGUACAUCUUUGGUGUCACGAAGGCGUUCAGCGUGGUCAGCGAGAAGUGGGAAAAGUUGAGCAAUGAUGCUUCUGAUGAUGCGGCCGCAAUCUUCACCGAGACGUUCACGAACAUCAAAACUGUGCGCGCUCUCACUCUUGAACAACGCUUUAUCGACAAGUACACCAAGGCCACGGAUUAUGCGCUGCGGAUCGGCUUUCGCAGAGCUUUCUUUGCCGGCUUCUUCUACGGGCUUGCUGAUUCUGCCGGUAACCUCAGCAUCGCCAUGAUCUACUACGUCGGCGCAUGGCUUGUAACCAGGGGCGCCUCGGCCGAAAGCAUUGUCGAAGUCUUCGUCUUGCUUGUCUUCGCCAUCACCAACCUGAAUGCCAUCCUCGAGUACAUUCCUCAGAUCACCGCUUCCAAGGACCUGGCGUCACGAGUGCUUCGACUUGCUCAACUGCCCACGGCUUCACACGAGCACAUGGGCAACACGCGCAUACACACCGUCGGGGAUAUUGCAUUCAACGAUCUGCAAUUCAGCUAUCCGUCGCGCGCCGAGCAGACUGUGCUCAAACAUCUAAGCUUGCACAUCCACCCCGGCACGUGUACUGCGAUUGUCGGCGGAUCGGGAUCUGGGAAGUCCACCAUCGCGAGCUUACUGCUAAACCUUUACACCACUCAGCCACACUUCACCGCUGGCUUUGCCCGGGCCAAUGACCUAGUACUGGCCGGCCGCAACAUUAAGCGCAUCGACACAUCUUCCCUUCGCUCUCUCAUCGUCCCUGUCUCUCAAACCCCGACCCUUUUCCCAGCUACAGUAGCAGAGAAUAUCGCUUAUGGGCUGCCAUCGACUUCGCCGUACAACAAUCCCGCGCAGAUCUCCGCCGCAGCAGCACUGGCUGGCAUCCAUGAUUUCAUCGAAAGCCUCCCUCACGGUUACGCUACGGUCAUUGGAGAUGGCGGGAUCGGACUUUCAGGCGGUCAAGCGCAGCGAGUAGCCAUUGCUCGUGCGCUCGUGCGUAAGCCUGCUGUCCUGAUACUGGACGAAGCCACGUCGGCGCUGGACGUUGAGUCGGCCGGGCUCGUGCGACUGACGAUCGAGAGACUGGUGCGAGAGAGAGAUCAGGUCAGCGGAGGAGGGAUGACGGUCAUCAUUAUCACGCAUAGUCGGGAGAUGAUGGAGAUUGCGGAGAGUGUGGUGGUGUUGGAGAAUGGAAGGGUUGUGGAGCAGGGCGGGUUCGAUGACUUGUUGAGGAGGAAUGGAGCACUGGUGAACUUGUUGAGCGGUGGAGAGUGGACUGGCGAUCGAGAGGGCGGAAAAUAA